CGCGUUUGUGUAGUCUUGUAGCGGAGGCUCUGGGCAGACCUGGUGGUUUCAGGGUGUCAGGAGAAGUAUUUUUGGGGGGGAGCGCAGCAGAGCACAGUGGUCCAGUGACAGUUGGCGGACUUAACCCGGGACAACCUACCUCACCUGCACGGAGGAAACUCUCUCCCUCUCUCUCUCCCUGUCUUCCCUCUCAAUUUUGGGAAUAGUGCGCAGCUGGCUGCUCUUUGGGAUGGAGCGUGCAUGGGACUGUGUUUCCUCCGCUGGGAUGUUUAUUCUCGGGGUGCUGUCGGUGCUCUGGUCGGCGCCAACGGGAGUUUGGAGUUUUAACCUUUACGCAGAGCAUCCUACUGUUUACCGGGGACCCGAUGGAAGUUAUUUCGGUUAUUCUGUGGACUUCUACCAAGCUACCACCGACAGCAACACGAUCAGUGUGUUGGUGGGGGCUCCUAAAGCGAACACCUCCCAGCCCGGUAUAGUGGAGGCUGGGGCCGUCUACUACUGCCCCUGGCCCGGACAGCCUGACAGCUGCAGACAGAUACCUUUUGACAAUUCCAAUAACAGAAUGAUAAAGGUAAAUGGCACCAGAGAGCCUCUGGAGUUUAAGUCACACCAGUGGUUUGGAGCAUCGGUCAGGACACACAAAGGAAAAGUGGUGGCAUGUGCUCCUCUUUACCACUGGCGGACAGUGAAGUUGAGUGGGGAGAAAGACCCUGUGGGGACCUGCUAUGUGGCCGUCCAGAACUUCAGUGCCUACGCAGAGUACUCACCCUGCAGGACCAAUGACCCAGAUCCAGAGGGACAGGGGUUCUGCCAGGCUGGCUUCAGUGUGGAUUUCACCAAGGAAGGAACGUUGGUGGUGGGAGGACCUGGCAGCUUUUACUGGCAAGGUCAGGUGAUGACAGCGGGGAUAGCCGAGAUACUGAACGGCUACUCUUUGAAGGCAGUGCUGAGACGAGUUCCAGGAGAGAAACACACAGUUGCUGCUGAAGACACACACGACGACAGUUACCUUGGUUAUUCUGUGGCAGUUGGAGAGUUUACAGGAGACUCUGAACAAGAGCUGAUAGCUGGAGUCCCAAGAGGAGCACAGAAUUUUGGAUAUGUGGCAAUGAUCAAUUCCACCAAUCUGACCUUCAUUCAGAACUUCACAGGGGAACAGAUGGCCUCCUAUUUUGGCUACUCAGUGGCUGUCACUGAUCUGAAUGGAGAUGGGACGGACGACGUGCUGGUUGGAGCACCCCUCUACAUGGAGAGAGAGAUGGAGAGCAAGCCCAGGGAGGUGGGGAGGGUGUACCUGUACCUGCAGAUGGCCCCACUCACUUUCUCCAAACCUGUCGCCCUCACCGGCACACACAUCUUUGGACGCUUCGGCACAGCAAUAGCACCCCUGGGAGACGUCAACCAGGAUGGAUACAAUGACGUGGCGGUGGGCUGUCCAUUCGGAGGAGAGGAGCGUGGAGGCAGAGUAUUGAUCUUUAAUGGUAACAGAGACGUAGCCACGCAAGGCCUGACGCUGAGCCAAGAGCUGAGAGCAGCCUGGACCCCUAGUGGCAGCUUGCCUGGAUAUGGAUUUACUCUUAGAGGAGGCCAAGACCUGGACAACAAUCAGUACCCUGAUCUGAUCGUGGGGGCUUUUGGUGCAAGCGAGGUGUCUGUGUACAGGGCCCGAUCUGUAGUGUCUGUGGAAGCUGCAAUGGUCCUGACUCCCAGAAUCCUCAACCCCGAUGACCGACAGUGUCACCUGCCACAGACAGAUAUCAUGGUUACCUGUCUCAAAGUGGAUGUGUGUGCGGCAGUGAGCGGUGUGGGGAUCCCCAGCUCUGUAGACCUGAAAGCACAGCUGCAGCUGGAUUGGUUGAAAGGCACCAGGGGCGGAGUUAAGAGAGUUCUCUUCCUGGAUACCCAGCAGCCUCAUCACACAGGGCUCCUAAGACUGGGUCACAAUCGUCCACGUGCAUGCCUGAGCUAUACCAUUUACCUGAGAGAGGAGGAUGAGUUCAGGGACAAAUUAACUCCCAUCUCACUGGCUCUGAACUACAGCUUGGCUUCUCCUCCUGCUCCUCGCGGCCAAGACCUCCCACCUGUUCUCAACCACUACAGCAGCACCUUCCUCCAAGAGCAUGCCUACAUUCUCCUGGACUGCGGUGAUGACAAUAUUUGCAUCCCUGACCUUCAGCUCUCUGCCAGCAUGGACCGCUCAGAGCUGGUGAUUGGAGAUGACAAUCUGGUCAUGUUGACCAUCAGUGCGGUGAACCAAGGAGAGGGAGCCUACGAGACAGAGCUCCAUACGCUGAUACCACCAGAGGCCGACUACAUCGGAUUGGAGCGUAGAGUUGAGUCGCUGUCUCAGUUAAACUGCGAGUACAAGAUGGUCAAUGAGUCACGGAUGGUUGUGUGUGACCUCGGGAAUCCGAUGGUGGCUGGGACGGAGCUGUCUGUUGGUUUGCGGUUCUCUGUCCAAAGGCUGGAAAAUGCCGGACCAAAGAUAAGCUUUGAGCUACAGAUCCACAGCUCCAACAAAGAUAACUCUGACAGCAACCUAGUCAGUUUGAAUCUGUCCAUCGUUGCCAAAGCUCAACUCGAUUUACGUGGGGUGUCUCAUCCCUCUCAGGUGGUGCUGCCAUUCCCACGCUGGGAACCGAAAGACAAGCCUGUCAAAGAGGACGAUGUGGGACCACAAGUAACGCAUAUCUAUGAGCUCCAUAACUCUGGUCCCAGCAGUAUUCGGGAAGCUGAGCUUCAGGUAGGCUGGCCUUCCCGUUUCCGUGACGAGAACCUGCUGUAUGCCAUGGAGAUUCAAACUGACGGACCAAUUAGCUGCCGGACGAACACCAGCCUCAACCCGCUUGGCCUUCAGAUCUCCUCUCUCCAAGACACACCUGAAUUAUUGGGCUUCUUGAGGAACACAAGCGCUCCUUCUCACCGCCACAAACGAGCCGUCAAUGCUGCUCAAAGCUAUAGCGGUAAAACCUUGAAUUGCACUAAUAUCUCCUGUCUGAGGAUCACAUGUGUUGUUGGGCGGUUGGAUCGUGGGCAGAGUGCAGUAGUCAAAAUCCGCUCGAGACUCUGGGCACAAACUUUCUUGCAGCGGCGUAAUGACCCCUACAUUCUCAACUCUACUGUGUCCUUCAUGGUGACAGCCAUGCCUUACCGCAUCCAACCCCCCACCCUGCCGCAACACACCACCUCGAUGGGGACGCUGGUGUUAUGGGGGACUCCAGAUGUGUCGUUUGCCGUUCCACUCUGGGUCAUCAUCCUGGCCAUACUACUGGGAUUGCUGGUGUUGGCCAUGCUUACAUUAGCCAUGUGGAAGUGCGGUUUCUUUGAUCGGGCGCGGCCACCAGCUGAUGAUGACAUCUCCGACCAGGAGCAGCUGACAUCUGAUCAAACAGGAGAUGCCUAAGAUAAUACAUAACAGCCCCUGACAGGAGGACUGUGGGUUUGGAGUGGUGUGCACCUUCUGAGUAGCUUAAAUCAGAUCUGAGAUCUGUGGUUGUUGAACCCUACAUUCCCUGGCUGGAGGUCUCCUGCCUCUGUCUUAACAAACCAAACUGAAAGGACAGACUGAAGACAACAGCGCCACACAGACUGGGACCAAAGAACGUGGUUCAAACACAACAGAGUGGGACCAAAACACUUAACAGACUCAGUCACACACACAUGUCCAUUGUUUAUCCAUUGAGAUGAAGCACCAGAACUGAAGACAGAAUGGACUUUGUUGUGAAGACAAAGCUUCACGUUUCUGUAACUGAACGUUUUCCUUUGUAUGUCUGUGUAACUGAGGCACAGAGAGACCAAUGCACAAGUGCUUUUGUAAGUGUGAAAAUGUGCGUGUGUGUGUGUGUGUGUGUGUGUGUGUGUGUGUGUGUGUGCGUGUGCGUGUGCGUGUGCGUGUGCGUGUGUGUGUGUGUGUGUGUGUGUGCAGGUACUGUACAUAUGUAUGUGUUUAUUAGAUGCCUCUCGUGUCAUCCUCUGAUUCAGUCUUUCAUCUUCUUAAUUCAUCCCAGUUUUCUUAACUGUGGGUUGUAUUCUGAUAUAUCACAAACACGUACAGAUGCAGCCACGUGCAUAAACACAAAGGCACAAAGUUGAUGUGUAUAUUUAUGAAUGUAUGUGCAAUAUUUGGGCGUUGCGUGAUACUGAAGCUUGUUUACACUGGCAUUAUUUUAUUAGAGCUUAAUGUUUCCAUUGUCUUUGUAUAUACUGUAAGUGAUUCAUUGGUAUAAUAGAUAUUAGUAUUACUGAACAACAAAAGCAAUUGUCUUGAUUUAUGCCCCAACAAAUAACUUUUGAAAUGGGAUGAAGUGAGGACACAAAUAACUUAUUGUCUUGAUAGAGUGACUGUAGAAUUUUAUCUUUGGAGAUUCAGAUUUGUGCAGCAAACUUUCUGCCGUGUUAAUUCAAGGUUUUGCUUGGCGUGUUUGUGUUGUUUAAUUUGGAUCUUUUUCUAACGUGGCAGUUGAUAGGACUUGCAACAAAAAAAACUAGCUGCAAAGAUAAACAGUCCAUAUCAAAAACACAACACAUUGUAGACUGUGUCUGAGACUGCAGACAUUACUGCCUGAUAUGUGUCAACUGCUUGCGUAAUGUUAGUCGUUUAUCUGAUAUCAUGCACAGGCAUGCAGAAGAAAGAGGUCAGGGCAUGAACAGUACCCUAAAUUUCAAGUUAAAUUCUGUCUCAUGUUUGAGUCAUAUUUGGUUUUUUGUAUCAAGUGUGAAAUUUUAUCAGAAUAAAGUGUUGUUUGAUUACCUGUGAUGGAGAGCUGGUUAACCCAAAGUGAAGAAACUGUCAGGAGACCAGGAUGUCUUACACAGGAACAUUUAUUGAAGCUCAAUUGAGGAGAACAGUUACAGUACGAGUGAAAACACUGUGUCAUACCACUCAAUUCUGCUGGUCUACUUCCAGACAAGAGUAUUAUUUUCAUUUUUUAAUUUCAUUUUGUAUUUACUAAGUGACUCAACUACAAGUUUGCCUGUCCAGCAUGACGUUAGAAGUCAUCAGUACAAUUUCUUAAAAAAUAAAAAUGCAUAUCACUUAUCAAAUAGUA